AUGCGGAGGGGGCGAGGACCACCGCCUCGUUAUUCCCAAGAUGAGGCUCUAACUGCAACCCCGCAGGAGGCCACAAGGUGAGUGACAAUUAGGCAAGUCGAAUGGCGUUCUGUUGAAUACCGUUAGUCUGGGUUUGUUUGCUCUCCUUUUACAUUUUAGCAAUCAGUCAGCUGAGAGAGGGAGAGGGUCUCCGGCGUUAUGUCGCCAUACCCGGCACAUCUGCUCUCUCCUCCAAUGUCCCAGCCUUUAGUGUUUUGUGUGUCCCCAAACCCGGUAUGUCCGCUCCCCACGCACACGCCCCCUCCCACUCUUCUCCUUACCCUCUACUUUACUGUCCUCCCCACGGUCGAGAAGUCCUACGAGGGCGACGUGCGAUCACGUAGGCGACCCAGGUCAAUGGGGUCGUUGUCUCAGUAAACUAAUUUGUAACCCAUUGUGGAGUUCUGCAGACGUAUGGCACGACAGCAGCCCUAUUUAGGGGACUGUGGUUCGCAGACUGCAAUACAUGUGGUCGAAAACUCAAAACAAGAUGGAAACCGUUGUACUCAGUGAGACCCGGUUCUCCGAAAAAAGGAUAACUGGAGCGGGUGCGUGCCGGCUACCUCUUCUUCUGGAGCGGUCAUCCCAAGGCAGAGCAAUGGGACGCGGGCGCCGCUUUUGCCAUCCGGAGCUGCAUCGUGGGACGAUCGUCCUGUCUGCUGCAGGACAUCGACGAGUGCCUGAUGAGUCGUCACUUGCCUCUCCGAAGAGGCAACUUCGUCACCGUCGUCAGCAUCUGCGCUCCUUCGAUGAUUAGCCCUGACGCGACAAAGAACAAAUACCUGCGUUCCUUACUGGCGACUGUUCCGAAGGCGGAUAAAUUAACUGUUCUUGGUGACUCCAACGUCCGCGUCUACAGAGACCAUGUUGUCUGGAGAGCAGUGUCAAGUCCCGUAGUCUCGACGGCUUCAAUGACAAUAGCGUGCUCCUCCUACAAACCUACGCAGAGCAUCGUCUCACCCUAACCAACACACUCUUCCGCCUUUCGAUGCGGAAGAAGGCGACUUAAAUGCACCCUCGGUCGUGACACUGGAACCUGCUGGGCUAUGUCCUCGUCCGGAGACGAGACCAGCAGGGUGUGCUGGUGACAAAGGCGAUCCCAGCUGCCAACGGGUGGACCGACCAUCACCUCGUCAUUUCCAGGAUGAGGAUCCGCCUAGAGCCACGCAGGAGACCUUAACUUAAGCAACUCCCAGGUAAUCUGAAUAUUGAUUUGUUGUCUCUGCCUGCUCACCAUCUCCAUUUCAGCAAUGAACUAGCUCGACGGCUAGCCAACGAAGACGCCUCCGUUGAGAACCGAUGGUGUCAACUGAGGGACACGGUCCAGUCAAGCGGUCUGGCUCUUCUCGACCAUGCACUUCGUCAACACCAAGACUUGUUCGACGACAAUAACAUCGUUAUUAGCAAACAGUUAGUCGAGAAGGACCGCCUGCACAAAACCUACGUCAACCGCCCUACCGACAACGAAACAGCCUUCCACCGUAGUCGCCGUCUACUGCAAAAGUGGCAGCGGUAGAUGCAGGAAGCCUGAACAGCUCGCAAGGCCGAGGAGAUCAAUGGGUGCGCGGAACGCAACUAAUGGAAGAAGUUCUUCACCGCGACCAAGGCUGUUUACGGUCCCACAGCCAGAGGCUCCGCUCCUCUUCUCAUCGUCAACGAAACUACCCUACUCACUGAGAAGACGCAAAUCCUGCAGCGAUGGGUCGAACACUUCAGAGGCGUCCUUGACCAUCCCUCUGCCAUCUACGACCCCGCCAUCAACCAACUGACUCGAGUGGAGACAAACGCCGACCCCAACCUCCCGCCCACUCUCCACGAGACUAUCAGGGCCGUGCAUCAACUCUCCAGCGAGCAAGCCCCCGGAUCAAACGCGAUCCGCGCUGAGAUUUGCAAGCACGGCGGUCCAAACUUAUAA